AUGGCUUCCGGCUCAAGAACAUCCACACUAGCUGAAUCCCGACCACUAAACCCGUCCCGAACAAUCCCCCGUCCGUCCACGCCUCGUCGCAGGUGGCUAGCCAUGGUUUCCCAACCAAACCAAAAUGACAAGAGCCCGGCCCUGCCCGCUAACAAAGUCAAAAGGGCCCAUACGAGACAGCCGGCCCCCGACGACGACCGAGAAUCGAGCACCGCUCUCGUGUUGUAUAAUCCCAACAGGCCGAACGGUCCCAAUUCCAGGCCCGAACCCCCAACCUUCGAGGACGUGAGGCGAAUCACGAUCGCAAGGUCCGAACUAGAGAGAUGGCACGCUCGUGGGCCCGCGACGCUCGACCGGCUGAUCCCGGGGUGGCGGAUGACGGAGGUCGCCGACUCCCCUCCGCUAAAGGAGGAGUUCGAGCAUCUCGUCCGGGAGUCGACUCGGUUCGGAGGGUACGUGCCCUCGAGGGACGAGGUCCUCGAGAAAAUCGAGCUCGUAGAAAACGUGCGCGCAGGCUCGGACGAGAUGCGGAUCGGGUGGAACGACGGGACGGGUGGUGGGAGGGAGGCGGCCCGGCUAGCGGAGCUCAAUCAGAGGAACCGGGUCGAGAAUUUCAAGAACACGACAUCGUCAGGGGGAACGGGCUGGGCUAGGGCCCACGACUCGUUUUCGAGGAGGUGGACGAAACCGAGGAAUUACUAUCACGUGGGAGGUUCGGGCCAUGAGAGUAGUUUGGUGGGACCGGAGGAAAGAAGUCGUGGGCUGGCCCAAAUGGCGGGCGUGGGCCCACAUGUCAAUCGGGGGAUCCGAGAACCUAACAAGCUGCAUGAUUUCGAGUUGAGGGUCUCGUUAGUGGGGCUCGAGAAGUUCGGUGGGCCCAAUGGGGUGAGGGACGGGUACUUGGCGAACAAGGGUCGAGUCGAGGGGAGGCAAGGGUUUAGGGUCCCGGAGGAUGACGUAGCAGCUCACCCUAGGGCGAUGAGCGUAGAGGAGUACCGGAGGAGAAGAGGCCUCAUCUGA